AUGUCGGUCCCGAAAGGAGCUGGGGCAAACUCGACAUCACGCACAGCCUAUCGUCUGCCCACCUUGUCACCCGAAUCCAACAAGAAUGUCCUCUCGCUUCUCCGUCUCAUCAUCAUCUUUCUUAUCGCAGGCGCUGCCAUCUCAUCACGUCUCUUUGCAGUAAUCCGACACGAAAGCAUCAUUCACGAGUUCGACCCAUGGUUCAACUUCCGCGCUACCAAGGUCUUGACAACAGACGGCUUCUAUCGAUUCUGGAACUGGUUCGAUGCAACAGCAUGGUAUCCGCUUGGUCGUGCCGCUGGUGGUACUGCUUACCCAGGUCUGAUGGUGACGUCGGGUGUCAUCUACAACCUCUUCCACUCGCUCAACAUUCCAGUCGAUAUUCGAAAUAUUUGCGUCUUGCUCGCGCCUGCUUUCUCCGGUUUGACAGCGUGGGCAACGUACAUGUUCACAGCAGCCAUGAAGGAUGAUGCAGCUGGUCUGCUCGCCGCUGCAUUCAUCGGUAUCGCUCCGGGUUACAUCUCUCGAUCAGUGGCUGGAUCCUAUGACAACGAAGCUAUUGCUAUCUUCUUGCUCAUGAUGACCUUCUACUUGUGGAUCAAAGCUUUGAAGGACGGCUCUGCGCUGUGGGGUGUCGCUACCGCUCUGUUCUACUUUUACAUGGUCGCCGCUUGGGGUGGAUACGUCUUCAUCACCAACAUGAUCCCCCUGCACGUGCUUGUGCUCAUCCUGAUGGGCCGAUUCAGCUCGCGCCUCUACGUUUCCUACUCGAGCUUCUACGCCCUCGGCACUCUUGCAUCGAUGCAGGUGCCCUUCGUCGGCUUCCAGCCCGUUCGCACAAGUGAGCACAUGGCUGCACUCGGCGUAUUUGGUCUCCUUCAGCUCGUUGCCUUUGUCGAACUGAUCCGAUCGCAUGUCCCUAGCAAGCAGUUCAAGUACCUCCUUGUCGGGUUCGUGGUCAUCGUCGCAGCUCUUGCCUUUGGCGCUUUGGUCGCACUCACCUACGCCGGCUACGUCGCUCCCUGGACGGGACGAUUCUACUCGCUCUGGGACACGGCCUACGCAAAGAAGCACAUCCCUAUCAUCGCCUCCGUUUCUGAACACCAGCCUCCAGCAUGGCCCGCCUUCUUCUUCGACCUCGAAAUGCUCAUUUUCCUCUUCCCUGUCGGUGUCUUCUUACUUUUCAAGGAGCUCAGGGACGAGCAUGUCUUCGUUAUUAUCUACGCAGUCAUGGCGAGCUACUUCGCCGGUGUCAUGGUUCGUCUCAUGCUCACCCUCACACCAGUGGUCUGCGUUAGCGCGGCUAUCGCGAUGGGCACCUUGCUUCAGACCUACCUCGAUCCCAAGGAGCCCACUCCGCUUGAAAGCCGCAAUUCUGACCCUCAUGCUGACGAGUCGGUGGCCAAGUCGUCUCGAGUUGCAGCGCGAAAGGUAGCCAACGCAGCUGCUGCGGCCAUCUCAAACGAUGUCGGCACAUCAAGCUCUGACGCUGAACCUUCGCGUCCCGCCUCGCCAGCGUUCCGCGCUUCUUCCUUUGCUAGCUCCAAGUUCGGCAUCUUUGGUCUCGAUUCUCGGUUCUUCGUCACUAUCUACUCUCUGCUACUGCUACUCGUCUUUGUGCUUCACUGCACCUUCGUCACCUCGACCGCUUACUCUUCCCCUUCAGUGGUGCUUGCAUCGCGCAACGCCGAUGGAUCGCAACACAUCAUCGACGACUUCCGUGAAGCCUACUACUGGCUCCGACAAAACACUCCUACCGAUGCCAAAGUUAUGUCUUGGUGGGACUACGGUUACCAGAUUUCCGGCAUGGCCGAUCGCCCAACCCUCGUCGACAACAACACUUGGAACAACACCCACAUCGCCACCGUGGGUAAAGCCAUGUGUUCGUCCGAAGAGAAAUCAUACCCGAUCCUUCAAAAACACGACGUCGACUACGUCCUUAUCAUCUUUGGCGGUCUUCUUGGUUUUUCAGGAGACGACAUUAACAAGUACCUCUGGAUGAUUCGUAUCGCUCAGGGUGUUUGGCCAGACGAAGUUCGCGAAGCCGAUUACUUCACCCCUCAGGGUCAGUACAAAGUGGAUGAUGGAGCGACAAAGACGAUGCGCGAGAGUCUGAUGUACAAGAUGAGCUACUACCGGUUCAAUGAUCUUUUCGGUGGAAGACCAGGAAUGGAUAGGGUUAGGCAGAGUCCAGGUCCCACUAAGAAUCCAGAGUUGGAGUACUUGGAUGAGGCGUUCACGAGUGAGAACUGGAUUGUUAGGAUUUAUCAGGUGAAGAAACCGGAUGCGCUAGGAAGGGAUCUGCCAAGUGUGAAAGGUUUCGAUGGAGGAAAGAGGAGGAAGAGAGCCUUUGCUCUUCCAGCGGCAAGUGCGGGUGCGAGGGAGCCUGCUGGUAGUAAAGGCAAGUGA